AUGUAUCUAGCUGCUUUUUCUGUAUUCUUUGUUAUUUAUUAUACUCAAGUUAAUGCGGAAAGAGCGUUGCGGAGUAGAAGGCAAUACCCCAUGACGCAUUGGCCUCCUUCUAAUGCCACCAGAACUAGAAGCCUUUCAAAUACCUACGCCACCGACGGAGAUCCGGCUGUCAAUGAUGAUAUUUACAUUUUAUUAACCCGUACGAUCACACAGGGAUUCACAACGUGGAAAAUUAAGCAAUUCAACGACCGGAUUUGGCUCGACAGGUAUAGACGAAGCUUCUGGUUUGGCAGUCGCUACUAUCGAUUGGACAAUCGUUACUGGCUCGAAACCCGAGAUACUUGCGCCUAUUCUUUGGAUGACUAUGAAAAAUCGCAGCUUCACUACGAGGAGCCCAACCCGGGCCAUGCGAACACGCAAAUACACGAGAUUUUCUUCCACUUGAAGACGCCAGGGAACGCCAUGACCAGCCAGGCGCCCGACACCGUUACGGGCAUGAAGGGGCAGCUCAGCCAAUCGAGCAAGCAACGCGGAGAUGCGGAAAUUCGACUGAGGAGCGCUUCAACGAAACUCCUUGCCGAGGCCAAGGACACCGAAACCCCAAAGAGCGCCGAGCUCCUGCACGAAAUGGAGCUGCGAGAAGGGCUGGAUCAGAAAAUGGCCAGCCUCGCUAGCGUCCAAUUCAUGCAGGAGAAAUUGCAACUGCAUCAGAAGCCCGCCGAAAAAGCCACACUAUUCCUUCCACAGCUUGCCGACAGCCAGAAGAAGAACGCGGAAGAGAUCGAGAAGCAGUACGAGCGCGCCAACCAGGCGGUGAACGAUCUUACGCAGGAUAGGGCGCUGAUCGAGAAGCAAGUGCAGGUGAAAGAAAAUCAAUUGAAGAAAGUGGCCAGCGAAAUGCACUCGUCCCUGUCGGCCCUCGUGGAAAAGACCACGGCCCGCAUCCAAGCUUUCACCGAGACUUGGCCCGACAAACUGCAACAACUCGAUGCCGUCAUGGCCCAGAAAGAAGAGCAAGUGGCCGAACUGGACCGGGCGAUCGCCGGGCGGAUGGCCGAGCGCGACACCAUCCAGGCCGGCCUCCGCGAUUGCCAGGAGGCCAUCGACACGCAAGAAGGCACCGUCGUCCUGUUGCAAGAGAGCAUUAUCGAGUUGGAGGAUAUCGUCGCCAACCAAGACAAGGAGCUGGCGGCAGCCGAACAGCUGCUGCAAGAGAAGCUGCAACGCCGCGCGGAACUCGAGGCGCAGAAGCGCGACAUCCAGCAAGCCAUCGCCGACGGGCAGAUCGCCCUCAAGGAGAAGGACGCUGAGUAUGAGGCAAAACUGGCCGAGAAGACUGCCAAGGAGGAGGAGCUGAACGCCAAGCUGGCUGAAAUCAGCGCGAUGCGAACCGAGGCCGUAAAAGCUGUCAAGGCCGCCAAGAACGAGGUCGACGAGGUUCGCCAGAAUGUCGAGGCGCAGCUGCUGAAGUUGGACGAGGAGAAAGAGGCGGUGAUGGCCGAGAACGACCCGAUGAAGCUCGACGCUUUCGAGGAAUGGAAUCAAUACGACGUCGAGACCCUGCAGAAGAUGCUUGAAGAAAUUCAAGCGUCACGUGAAGCCGCCGAGAAGGAACACCAGGCAAAAGAGGCUGAGCACCAACAGAUGCGCGAAGAGAAGAAGCAGCUGCUUGAAAAGCAAUCAAUGCGCCAGCAAGAACAAAACGCGAUCGACGCCCGCUGCACCGACCAGAAAGACCUGCUGGCGAAGGAGCUGGAAGAGGAGCGGCGGCUGCUCGAAGAUUGUCAGCAGCAGAAUACGAAGAAAACCGCCGACCUCAGACACGCGCAGGAUCGGCUUGACCAGAAGAAGAAGGAUCUGGCGGUGAAGAUUGCUAAGGCAGCGCAAGAACAAGAUGAGCUGAACGAGAAGAUCCGUCUUGCCGGCGCCGAAGGCCAACCGCUGCAAGAUCUGGCCGAUGCGACGCGCAUGGUGGAUAUGGAAAACGAGGUGCCGAAUCAAUGGACACCGUCCCAGCAAAGCAUGGCGGUGCCCGUGGAACCCGUGGCCCCUAAGCGACAAACCAACCGCUCGGCCGCCAGUCAGCACAACAAGUCGCAGAAGUCGGUCGCCCGCGACUCUGAGUCUGAAAACGAGAACGAGGUCCAGCACGCCCCGAAAACGCUCCCCAUCGGAUUCCUCAACAACGAUGGCAUGAAACUUACGCAGCCAGAACCGCAGUUUUACGAUCCGCUGGAGGAGACGAUGGAGACUAAUUACGAUGCGACGGUUGACGACCCGUUCGAGACGACCGACGACUCGAUGCGCAUUGACGGGCGCGUGCCGAAGAACAUCUUCUUGAACACGGUGCCGACGGUCGACUCGCGCAACACCAAGACUGGCCCCAAACCCUCGACUUCGGAGGAGCCCGAGAAUUCGGCUGAGGUUGACGCCGCGUCGAACCAGGUGAUCGCCCCGAAUUGGCCGUCCGCCAUCAACGACACGUUGGAGACCGAGGAUCCCGAUGAGGAGAUUGAAGACAUUUUCGCG